UCCCCUGCGUCCCGGGUGGCGUCUCCGGGCCGCGCCCCAAACCAAGGACCUCGUGCCCGCCUGCCCGCAGCCCCUCCUGUCGCGUUUGGGCCGAGGUCCCUCCCGUGUCCUGUGGGGUCCGAGUCCCGCUCCCCCGUCCCCUGGGGUUGCGGUCCCUCCUCUGCCCCGUGCAGUCGGGGCCCCGCUCCCCGUGCCCCGUGCAGUCGGGGCUGCGGCCCCAGCGUCCCUUGGGGUCUGCUCCCUCCACUGUGGGGUCCGAUUCCCGGUCCACUGUCCUGAGGGGUCGGGGUGCUCUGGACCCUCCCUCCGGUGCAGGUCGCCCUCAGGUCCGGUCGCACAGGUGGUCAGCGAGGAUUGGCCCUGGGCCAGGCACAGGGUCCCCUCCGCGGGCGUGGACAGAGGGGGACGCAGUGGCCCCAGGUGCUCACAGCUCUUCUCCCCUUAGCUCUGAGGAUGUCGCUUUCCAACCCAGAAGACAGCGUGGAGGCCGGGACAUCAGCUGCGCUGCAGAUGGCCUGGCCACGGGAGCCAGUGACUUUUGAGGAUGUGGCUGUGACCUUCACCCCAGAGCAGUGGGCCGGCCUGGAGCCCGAGCAGAGGAGCCUGUACCGGAAGCAGCCACUCCGGCCCGCAAACCUGCCCUUAUCGCCCGGCUGGAGUGCGGUGCAGCUCCGUGGGGUGAUGAGGCCCCCGGGAGCGGCCAGCCCGAGAUGGGACCAGCGGAGAGAAGUUUGGCUGGGAGUCCUCCCCACUGCAGCCCAGGACACACACACGUGCGCACACGCAUGCACCCACCCACCUGCAUGUGGAGCACCAGGAGCACUGAGAGCCCCCUGCGGAGGGGCUGGGAGCUGGGUCGGGAAGGAGGAGCCAGAUCUGAAGCCUGAGGCUGUGGUGGAGACGCCAGGGGAGCGCCUCAGCAGCACCGCCCCGAGCGUGGGCUCUGCAGGCCAGGCUGCCGGGCCGACCGCCAGUGUGAACCCGAGCCUGAUCCUGCGCGGCGGCAUGAAGUUCUAUGGGUGCGGAGAGUGUGGGAAGAUCUUCCGGUACAACUCCAAGCUGCUGCGGCACCAGGUGAGCCACAGCAGCGACAGGCCCUUCCGGUGCCAGGAGUGCGGCAAGGCCUUCAAGUCCCGCUACGACCGCGGCGUGCACGAGAAGAACCACACGGGCCGCGGCCCCUACGAGUGCGGGCAGUGCGGCCGCGGGCUGAGCUCCAGCACGGCCCUGACCCAGCACCGGAGGGUCCAUACGGGCGAGAAGCCCUACGUGUGCCCGCAGUGCGGCCAGGCCUUCCGCAGGAGCGCGGCCUUCCUGCAGCACCGGCGGCUGCACACGGGCGAGCAGCUGCACCGCUGCCACGAGUGCCGCAGGGCCUUCGGCUGCCGCUCGCUGUUCGUGGCUCACCAGCGGGUGCACACGGGCGAGAAGCCCUUCCGGUGCCCGCAGUGCGGCAAGGCCUUCGCCCAGAAGGCGGCUGCCGUGCAGCACCAGAGGGUGCACACCGGGGAGCGGCCCUACGCGUGCGCCGUGUGCGGCAAGGCCUUCCGCUGGCACGGCAGUUUCCUGAAGCACCGGAGGCUGCAUCCUGUGGAGAAGCCCGCUGGGGCUCGCAGGCCGGGUCCCCAGGGCCCUGCCCCAGCCCUGGCCCCUGUCCUUGUGCCCCAGGGGUCGCACUCUGCACCGGCCAUGGCCCUGUCCUCGCUGGCCUUCACCCACGCCUUGCUCAUCCCUGCCUUGGGUCCCACGCUGCUGCUGCUACCGCUGCCUUUCUCUGGGACCCCAGGGCCUCCCGGAGCGCCCUCGCCGCCUGUCCAGAUGGUGAGCGUCUUCCGGGGCCUCGGCCCCCCCAGCAAGCCGGCCCCGCCCCUCCUGCCUGUCCACACCCCGGUGGCGCCCCAGCCUGGCAGAGUCUGAUCUGGUCUCCCUCUCCGCACGUCUUCAGCUGUCUGCGCCUGCGCUGCACUGUAGUUUAUAUAAACCUGUGGGGCCCAGG